CGCAUUCAAGCGACAGCCCGAGCAGUGGACAGCACGUCGAGGUGGAACCUAUUCGAGCAGCGUGAACGCGUCGCAUCUUGGAGCCUUGAACGCAGGACUCCAAACACACACAAACACAGGACUCACCACACACAGUACCGUGUGCUCGACCGCCGACAGACGCGAUGGCUGUCUUGAGGAAGACGUUCUCUUGCUCGCUGGUGCCGAUGCUUUUACUGGCAGGUCUGUCGACGCAGGUAGACAUUAAAAGUGGCAAAGAAGAAGGAGAGAAAGCGGGAAAUUUCAUGGAAGACGAGCAAUGGCUGUCAACCAUCUCUCAGUACAGCCGUAAGAUCAAACACUGGAACCGCUUCAGAGACGAUGACUACAUCAAAACCCUGGACGAGACCACCGGCUCAGACGAAACCCUGGACACCACCAAGGACCCGUGUCAGAAGGUGCGAUGCAGCCGCCACAAGGUUUGUGUGGCCCAGGGCUACCAGCGGGCCAUGUGCGUCAACCGGAAGAAGCUGGAGAACAGAGCCAGGCAGCCGGAGCCGCUGAAGAACCGGGACAGCAGCUGCAAGCCCUGUCCUGUGACCGCGUCCUCUCCCGUGUGUGGCUCGGACGGACACAACUAUGCCUCAGAGUGUAAGUUGCAGCAGCAGGCGUGUCUGUCAGGCAAGGAGCUGAGCAUCAAGUGUGCCGGCUUUUGCCCUUGCUCUACACCCUCUGUGCCGUUCACCAACACCGAGACUAAACACGAGACGUGCACCGGCCAGGACUUGGCGGAUUUGGGCGACCGCCUGAGAGACUGGUUCCAGCUUCUCCAUGGCAACGCCAAGCAGAACAACUCGGGCAAACCGGGCACUGGCACCGCCUCAGCGCUGGACAAGAGCCUGGGGGCCAGCUGCAAGGACUCCAUUGGCUGGAUGUUCUCCAAGUUGGACAGCAACGGCGACCUCUAUCUAGACCACGGCGAGCUGGCCGCCAUUAACCUGGACAAGUACGAAGUGUGCAUCCGACCCUUCUUCAACUCCUGCGACAGCUUCAAGGACGGCAAGGUCUCCACGGCCGAAUGGUGCUUCUGCUUCUGGCGGGAAAAGCCCCCCUGUCUCGCUGAGCUGGAGAAGAUCCAGGUUCAAGAAGUGGCCAAGAAGAAGCCAGGCAUGUACAUCCCCAGCUGUGACGAGGACGGCUACUACAGGAAGCUGCAGUGCGACCAGGGCCGGGGCGAGUGCUGGUGCGUGGACCCCCAGGGAGGGGAGAUGGCGGGCUCUCGCAUCCACGGCAACCCCGACUGUGACGAGGUGGUGGGACACUCCGGUGACUUCGGCAGCGGCGUGGGAUGGGAGGACGAGGAAGAGAAAGAAGCGGAUGAGAACGGAGAAGAGGAGGAGGAGGAGGAAGAGGAGGAAGGAGAGGCCGACGAUGGAGGAUACAUCUGGUAGAAUGGUAUAGCAGACACUCUCUCGCACUCUCUCUCACUCUCUCUCACUCGCUCUCUCUAUCUCUCUCCCCUCACAAAGAAAUGAAAAGGAUUCUGGGGGUUGUCUUGGAGUGAGACGUGUGGAAGGCAUGGAAACGUAUAAUGACCUCUUGGCACCCCCCCUCCCUCCCCUCCCUCCCCUUCCUCCCCUCCAGUGAUGACAUGACCUGUUCUUUUUAUGUCUUGAGUAUGUGUAGUGCUGCUUCAUUAUCCUUUCAUGAUCAACAGAUCUUUAUGUUUUUUCGCAGA